AUGAACCACCAUCCACCGGGCAUGCCGCCAUAUGGGCAGAUGCCAAUGCCCCCGCCUCAGAGACGGCAUGAUAUGUCAUAUUCGCCCAUGCCGCCGAACAUGAGGCCGCCGCCAUCAUAUCAAGGAUAUUACCAUCCGCAUAUGGCAGGCCAGAUACCUCAGUAUGCUCCUCAGUACGCGCCCCAGUGGUAUCCAUAUCAGCACAUGCACCAUCAGCCUCCACCCCCACGAACAUAUCCUUCAUACCCCCAGCAUCAAGUGCAGCAGGUUCAUUCGCAUUCGCAUGCUCCUAUGAUGAUUCCACCCUAUGCGCCGCAUCAAACUCCUCAUACCCCUGCAAACGCGGCUCUUCUACUGCCUCAGCGAUCCUCUGCAUCACCUUCACAUGGCCAUUUCACACCGCAAACAAACGCCUUGUCAUCGACACCGCUUCAGUCUCCAUUUUCCCCUCCACCAUCCAGUACGCCAAGUACGGCAAAUGCUCAACCAGAAACACCUCCUUCAACCUCAUCUGCGGUGUCUCAAACUGCCAGCGAGAUUUCUAGUUCUCCAAGUGAUCCUUUCUUUCCACCCUUACCUUGGUCAUCUGUUGGUGAUUCGCCUUUUCCACACAAAGCAAGACGACAGAGGCGCCGUGUGAUGCGCUCCCAGCUUGGCACUGCGCCAGUUGAAUAUCCACUCAAAGCAACGACUGCAGCUGUCGAGUCAUCGCUGGAUAUUGAAGAAGUCCAACAGCUACCGGAAGAGCAGCUUCCGAGCACGGAACAAGGCCAACAACCCCAAAACGAGCAAGUUACAAGCAUACCCGCUCCCGCUCAAACACCAACCACUCAAAUGUCUGAGGCUCCUUCAGAGACCGGGUCAACUGACCCGACGACGCCCUCUCCAGUAGUCACUCCACAAGCCGUCAAAUCUCAGCCGACCUUCACUGCACAGCCACGAAGUCACAGACCUGUGGUUCCUGUCGUCCCUGCUGUUCCUAUACUACCCCUCAGUCCCAAGACAUCUCGCUAUCGUCACGAUUCUGUGAGCGUUGUAUCAUCAAUUUCUCAGACACCGCAGCUCGAAUCAAGUACUGAGCAAGCAAGGCGUUCAUCCACCACAUCUGUGCCGGCAACGUCGGAAGUAUCACCCGGAGCAUCGGUAGAAACAUCCAAGCCUGCUUCACCCCCUGCACCACCAAAGUCUUGGGCUGAUCUGGUACGGUCAAAUGCUCCGCCCAAGCCGGCAAGUACUGUGUCUGCAAGUUCGCAGAUUGCAAAUGGACUGGGUCCGGCUAAGAACGAAACCCUUUCAGACGUUCUCAACACGAUGGACGUGACAGCAACUCACGGUGCAGCGAAGAUUGCGUUCUUGCAACCACGUGGCCUCGUGUUGCAAAUACUGGUCUUUUGUAUUCCUUUUUACGAAUUUCUUGAGAGACUUGGGCAAAGAGCAGCUCAUAGUUUUAAAAGCGAUACUCCUUUGAUUGACGCAAUGAUAUUGUUUAUUCGAGAAUUCCCCAUCAUCGAUUCAGCCGAGUCCUUCGAGCAACUUCGACUUCGCCUGAAGCCAGAUGAGCUGGAACAAUAUGGCGAGCCAUUCAUUCCUGAAUACGUUUACCAAGUAAUUCGACAGCUUCCGCGUUUUCGCGACAUGCGACGUGGGCAUCAGCAAGACACACAAGAAUUUCUCGGAUUCCUGCUCGAGGAACUUCAUGAAGAAUGUGCACAAGCAAUGCGAAGUGACAGUUCUGUGAACUCUGGUAUAUCGACUCCAACAGAGAAGUCCUCCAGCAUUGCCGAGAGCACAGAUCAGGAUCCUGGCUGGAUGGAAGUCGGCCACAAACAAAAGCCCGCAGUUACACGAUCAUCAGGUGCGAUAGCAAAAGAAUCUCCUGUGACCAAAAUUUUCGGAGGCAAGCUUCGCUCAGAAUGGAAAGUACCGGGGAACAAGAACUCUGUGACACUCGAACCAUAUCAGCCACUGCAGCUCGAUAUUGGUUCUCCACACGUGAAUAAUAUCGUCGACGCACUUAAAGGGCUGACACGGCCUGAAAGCAUGCAAGGUGACUUCAAUUCGUCCCGAGGCAGCAGAGUCACAGCCACGAAGCAAGUUUUCAUUGAGACCCUACCUCCAGUGCUCAUCCUCCACCUGAAACGAUUUCAGUACGACCACACCACCAAGCGCACCGAGAAGAUUUGGAAGAAAGUCGGCUAUCCACUGGACCUAGUAAUGCCACGCGAAGUCUUCCCGCCCUCCGUGCGUAACAAAUUAACCGUGCAUGGCGGACUCCCCAAAUAUCAGCUCAUAGGAGUGAUUUACCAUCACGGCAAGAAUGCAAGCGGUGGUCACUACACUGUUGACGUGCGCCGCCAGGACGGUAAAGAAUGGAUCCGCCUCGAUGACACGCUUAUUCGUAGAGUGAGGAGCGAAGAUGUGGCCGAGGGUGGCAGUGAGGAAGAUCCGAAAGUUCUGGCUGCGGCCUUGGAACGGCAUAAUCAACGGUCUACCACUGAUCCGGUGGGGAAUAUGUUCGAACAGAUUGAGGAUGCAGAUGAGAAUAAAGAGGGGGAUGAUGGCGGAGAGAAUGCUUGGAGUCAGGUUAACGGCCAUUCAAGGAAUAGGUCUAGCAUGACGGCAGUAGCGGCGGCGGUGAAUGGAGGAGAGGCUACGCCAAUGUCCAAGUCUGGGAUACAUACCCCGAGGGAUCGAUAUGCGGUCAAGGAUAACAAGGUCGCUUAUCUGUUAUUCUAUCGGAGGGUUAUGUCGUGA